AUUUUAUAUGCUUAGGUUUGUGGGUUGCAUGCAGUUUUUUUGUCUUUUCCUAAUUAAUUUCAGGACGUUAGUCGUAAUGCAGUCUGUUGUAUGCACAAGGUGCAAGUUCGAUUCCAGCGCCAGUGUCACUUUUUUAAAGUCAUAUGUAAAGUACUUACUAGUCCUGAAAUGUUAUGUGGUAGAAAGCAUCGUGAAGUGAAACCUGGAUCGAGGCCCCGUACUUGCCAGUUCAACGGUCUUACCACUUGUGAUGGGCGCGGCGCUUACGGAAGCGCCUGACGAUGCAGAUGUUUGUUUCCGUGUGUCCGGUGAGAAUGGUUUGGUGGAGUGCAACGUACGGACGCUGUCGUCCGACAGGGACGUAGCCGGUUCGAUGCACUCGGACGGCGCGGAGCGGCUCGCGAUCCGCUGCAGCCCGCUGCUGCUCGAGAGCACGCUGCGGGACCACCACUUCGGCAGAAUGCAAGGUUUGGCGGAGAUAACCAUAGAUAACUGCAAAGUGCUGCGCCUGCCCGGCAACGUGUUCGAGGGCCUGCGAGGCUUGAAAACUUUGAAAAUUCGUACUAUGAACAACGCAUGGAGCAACAACAAAGAAUUGGAGCUGUCUCUCGGAGCAUUCAACGGCCUGAGGGAACUGCAUACGUUAGACCUGCCGUACAACAACAUAAGAAAGAUACCAUCGGACCUGUUCUGUGCGUUGGAAAAUAUAAUUUCACUUAAUUUAACGCACAACAAAAUCAAGUUUGUCGAUGAACUGGGUUUCGGUCAUAAAUGCGGGUCCACAUUGCAGACUAUAGAUUUAAGUUAUAACGACAUCAUGUCGCUGCCAGCUGACUCGGAAAUUUUACAUUUACGCCGGUUGACACAGUUAUUUCUCCAAAAUAAUAAAAUUAAUGAGUUGCCCGGCGAAGUUUUUAGUGACUUACUGUCGUUAAAAGUUGUGAACCUUUCGGAUAAUGCUAUUAGUUAUUUACCAGAAGGAUUAUUUUAUAACACUAGGGAAAUUCGGGAAAUUUAUAUACAAAAUAAUGAACUGGAAACUUUGCCUAAGAGAAUAUUUAAUCGGUUGGAACAAUUGCUCGUUUUAGAUCUUUCGGUGAAUAAAUUGAGGAGCGACCACAUAGAAGAUGAAACGUUUGGUGGUCUAAUAAGAUUAAUCGUGCUUGACCUGUCGCAUAAUGCUGUCGCACGGAUCACACGCAACAUGUUCAAAGACUUGUUUUUUUUACAAAUUUUGAAUCUGUACAAUAACUCCAUAGGGUUCAUAGAGGACAAUGCGUUCUCACCGCUUUUUAAUCUUCACACACUGAAUUUAGGUCAGAAUAAAUUACAAGCUAUUGAAGACCAAAUAUUUAAUGGAUUGUUCAUAUUGAAUAAAUUAAAUUUAAAUAAUAACUUACUGUCUUAUAUCAGUGAGAACGCAUUUAAAAACUGUUCCGAUUUGAAGGAAUUAGAUCUGAGUUCUAAUAAAAUGACGAAAGUACCAGAAGCCAUAAUGCAAUUACCGUUCUUGAAAUCGCUAGACUUAGGCGAAAACUUAUUAAUUGAGAUAGCAAACAACUCAUUCCAAAACCUAUCGCAACUGACCGGGUUACGUUUAAUCGACAAUCAAAUUGGAAACCUUACCGCGGGUAUGUUCUGGGGCCUGCCGAGCCUGCAAGUACUCAAUUUGGCGAAAAACAAAAUACAGUCGAUCGAAACAGAAACCUUUCAAAAGAAUACCCAAUUGGAAGCCGUUCGAUUGGAUGGCAACUUCAUUUCUGACAUUAACGGCGUGUUUGUGGCUCUGACUAAACUGUUAUGGCUUAAUUUAUCCGAGAAUCAUUUAGUCUGGUUUGACUACGCGUUUAUUCCUGGCAGCUUGAAAUGGUUGGACAUACACAAUAAUUUUAUAGAAAUUCUUGGAAAUUACUACAAAAUACAAAACGAGCUACACGUGAAAACAUUAGACGCCAGUCAUAAUCGUUUAGUUACUCUGUCGCCGAUGUCUAUACCGAAUAGUGUGGAGCUAUUGUUUAUAAAUAAUAAUUUUCUUACGAGUAUAGAUUCAGACACAUUCCUUGAAAAGAGAAAUUUAACUCGCGUUGAUAUGUAUGCCAAUGAGAUUGAAAGUUUGGACAUAAAUAGUUUGCGUGUUUCGAGAGUGGCUGACGAACGCGUGCUGCCCGAGUUUUACAUUAGCGGUAAUCCCUUUCGUUGCGAUUGCACAAUGAAAUGGCUUUUGCUCAUCAAUUCCAUUACGAGCCGGGAGUACCCGCGCGUGAUGGACUUGGAGAAUGUAAUCUGCAAGGAAUCCUACGUACGCGGUGUGAAAUAUCUCCCGGUCAGUUCCCUCCACAUAAAAGACUUUUUGUGUAAAUACGACAGUUAUUGUCCGGAUGGUUGUCAUUGUUGCGAUUUCAAUAACUGUAACUGCAAGACAUUGUGCCCAAUUAAUUGUUCAUGUUAUCACGAUUCAUCAAAGAGUACGAGCGUUGUCGAUUGCUCAGUCAAACAAUUGAAGGCGAUUCCUCACAAUUUUCCGUUAGAUGCAACUCACAUUUAUCUGGAUGGCAAUGUUUAUAGUGAACUUAACGAGUCUGUUUUCGAUUCAAUGAGCAAAGCUGUCGUUGUAUAUCUAAACGCAAGUAAUAUUAUAAACAUACACAACAAUACGUUCAGUCGACUCAGGGAUCUAAGAAUACUACACUUAGACAACAACAAACUGAAACAAUUACGGGGUCUCGAGUUCUCAAAGCUAAGCAACUUAAAAGAACUGUAUCUUCAAAGUAAUUUAAUUGAGUACAUUUCAAAUGAAACUUUUUCUCUUUUGGGAGCUCUAGAAGUUUUGCGGCUGGACGGAAACAGACUCGUGAAGUAUGGUCUGUGGCAUUUAGACAACAACAAAAAGUUACAAACAUUAUACAUUGGCAGUAACAACUGGUCCUGUGAUUGUAAAUAUUUGCAAGGCUUUUUGACUUAUGUAUCGCAAAAUGUUGAGAAAAUUGUUGAUAUUCCAAACCUAUGGUGUGUGAAUGAGAACAUGAACCCAGCAAAGAAGCCAUUGAAUUUAAAUGUGUCAGUUUGCAGUGAAAUAAGCGAUUCCUCGAUGAUAAGCGCGUUCUUCGUCUCUCACAACUUGCCAUUACUGGCCUCGGCUUUGACUGGGUUCAUGCUUAUUUUAUUAAUAUUAGCUUUAGUAUUCACAUUUAGAUACGCUUGUAGAAUGUGGUUGUAUUCGAAUUGCGGAAUUAAGCUCUCCCCCCUAGCGGGCGCUUUUAAGGAUGCUGAUAAGCUUUACGACGCAUAUAUUUGUUAUAGCCCUAAAGACGAGGAGUUCGUUGUGGAAUCGCUCGCUCGUGAACUAGAGACCGGUUAUCCGUCAUACCAUCUCUGCCUACACUACCGAGACGUUCCGCAGUUCGAGGCGACUUACGCUCAGUUCCCCGACUUGGUGGUCGAGGCCACCGAGGCGUCGAGGCGUAUCAUAGUAGUUUUAACAAAGAACUUUAUCUCGACCGAGUGGUCACAGAUAGAGUUCCGACAAGCUUUACAGAAAGCGCUUCGGAAGAAUCCACAUAAAUUAAUAAUAGUGAGCGUCGGGCUCAUCCCACGAGAUCCGGAGUUGAAGUCAUAUUUCAAAACGGGUUUGGAGAUAACGUGGAAAGAGAAACGGUUCUGGGAGAGGUUACGCUAUGCCAUGCCUUCAUCUAAGCGACAUGGACAGAAAUUAAAAAGACUUAAUUAUGGAAGAAAUUCCAACACUUAUACUAUGGACGCGUCUGUGCUGAACAGUACUUGCCAGACGCUGUGCGGCAAGUCUGCCAACUCAGCGGAGCGCUCGCCGUGCGACCGGCCGCUGUCCGAGCACAUCUACUCCACGAUAGACUCGGACUACUCGUCCACCGACUUCCAAGGCCGGCACAACCAGCCCCAGUCCGUGGUGUUCCAGCACACUGUACAAACGUACCUGGUAUGAAGGACCUCAGACACUAACUCCAACGAUCUCCUGAAUAUUGAUCUGUAGGUCUUAGAAUUAGCCUUAGGCGAACGCUAAAGAACUUGUUUUGUUAUAGACGAAAAUCGUCCCAAGUUGUAAAUAUUUAUAGAACUUUAUAAUCUACGAGUAUCUUUAAUAGCAUAUGUGUAACUUUUGUACAAUAACGAUACCAAAUUUUCGCAUUUGAAAAGGUUUGCUUCUUCGUAUUUAUUAUAAUUUUUAAAUAAAAUAAAAUGUUUUUAAGUAUUAAUCGGAAAGACUGUAAAUUAUUGUGUAGUUGUAAUUCAAUUGGCUGAUGUUUGUAUAGAUAUGUAAUUAAAGAAAUUUAUAAACGA